AUGACAGAUUUUCGAGUCAGGCGCCUUGUCCUCCCCGUAUUUCCGCGACUCGAAGUACUUGGUAUGAGCUCAAGCUCCCCUGUCGCCGAUCGGCGAAAAGCGAGGUCCAAGAAUGGCUGCUUGACGUGUCGCAUCCGAAAGGUCAAGUGUGACGAAAGGAGGCCCGUCUGUAAACGAUGCGAGAACAGUCCCAACAAGUGUGAAUGGCUUGAGCCGGGACAGUCGCUGAGUGCAAGGGGGCAGCCUUCUAAGAGUUUCUCGAGUCCUGUUGGCUAUGGCAGUCCCAGACUUAUUGCAUCGAGUGAAUCGCCAAAUACAAGUCUGACCCCGACAGACUCGGCAAGCCCGGCUGACUACAUUUCGCCAGGGGGUAGUCGUGAACCACCACGACCCUCUCUAUCAGCAGCCCAUAUCGCUCUUGCUAACUCGCUUCAUUUGAGCUCUGAGGAUUGUGCGGCGUUUGCGUAUAUUCCUGGUUCCAUGUUAGUUUUGUGCUAUGGAAAACUCUGGCCAUGGAGUAACUUCUCAUAUAUCUACACGCACAUCGCGAGUCAAUAUCCUGGGGUGAUGAGAAGCUUUAUCGCAGUCGCGAACAUGGAAUUGAGAGCAAAGGAUCUACUCGCCGCACAAGACGCUGUAGACCCAGCUGUGGUUCUAGAAAGGGCAAGUCGGCUUGGAUCCGCUGCAACAGUCCACUACACCCAGGCUCUGCAAGAUUUGUCGUCUUUACUAGAUCAUAUUUGCCAAACGGCAGAACAGAGCUGUGAUAUCGACGCCUUGUUCACUAUGUGGUUCCUUAUUCUUAGGUAUGAAGCUCAUGAUUCAGAAACCAUCGGGUCAUCCUUGCUACAUCUUGAGGGAAUCAGGUCUUUCCUAAGACCAUAUCUGCAAGGCGAUGUACAAAAGAUGCUGCCAUGUGUAGCACAGGGAAUGCUAUUAUACACUCUGUAUCUGGAUGCAGAUUCGGCCACAGGAAACAUUAACAGUGGUCAAUUCUGUCUGGACUUUCUCUCCCGUGAAGCCCACGACUAUAUCUCCCACGAGCACCUUUUCCUUAGCGUGAGGUCGGCUCUUCCCAAGAUGUGGGGUGAACACUAUCCUGUAUCAGAACUUCUCGAUGAUCUGAAGAACUAUCGUCCGCUACGUCUGUAUCAUCUAUGCCAAGGAGCCAAGUUGGAGCUUCUGAGGCUAGCGAGAUCAACAACACAUGAUGGAUCAGAGGCAAGCAGCCUGAAGAAGCUCUGGCGAAAUGUUGAGCACUUCGGUGAUGAAUUUGUAGACAUCCUACUCCUUGCCAAAAAGACCCCCAGUUCGGGCGGUAAACGUCUGAUGUGGACAGUCUACGCCGCAGCCCUUGACUUUCACGCCCUUCAAAUCCUGUGUUCGAGUUCAGACACGUAUCAAGAAACAUCGUUCAAACCCGAGACUUCUCUUUCAUACAUCUUCACUGUUGCGACGAAAGCAUUAAGCGAAGAUCCACGCCAAAUUUAUCGUUUCAUGUGGUCACUUUCUGUAGCGUUAGGAAAGACGCAGAGUCAUGGCAGUCAGGCUUGGUUAUCUACACAGCUUGCUAGAGCGCGAGUUUUGUUACCACGAUUUGGUGUUCCGGGAUUGAUUCUGGAGCAAUGCAGCGGUAUUCAGAUAAGUAAUGAGGGAUAA